GGGCCUGCGGCCGCCCGGCCUCCUCCUCGGCUCUCGGAGCUGCGCGGGGCCGGCAGGGAGCGCAGCGGGAGCCGAGGAGCGCGCGGAGCCUGCCAUGGGCAAAUCAGCUUCCAAGCAGUUUAAUGACGAGGUCCUGAAGGCCCACAAUGAGUACCGGAAGCAGCAUGGCGUCGCCCCGCUGAAGCUCUGCAAGAAGCUCAACCGGGAGGCUCAGCAGUAUUCAGAGGCCCUGGCCAGCACGAGGAUCCUCAAGCACAGCCCGGAGUCCAGUCGUGGCCAGUGCGGGGAGAACCUGGCGUGGGCAUCCUACGAUCAGACAGGAAAGGAGGUGGCUGAUAGAUGGUACAGUGAAAUCAAGAACUACAACUUUCAGCAGCCUGGCUUCACCUCCGGGACAGGACAUUUCACUGCCAUGGUAUGGAAGAAUACAAAGAAGAUGGGAGUGGGGAAGGCAUCUGCAAAUGAUGGGUCCUCCUUCGUGGUGGCUAGAUACUUCCCAGCAGGGAAUGUCGUCAACCAGGGCUUCUUUGAAGAAAAUGUCCUGCCUCCAAAGAAGUAAUUUGUCCAAUGUAACGGGAAGGUGGCAGACUUAAGAACUUGGAUUUGAAGUGCCUAGAACAACAAAAACUCAGCUGUGUGUCUGUCCCUGUGGGUGUAUGUGCUUGCUUGUGUGAUGCUAUGGGUCCCUUGAGCACACACUCGGUUUUACGGUUCUGCAUGAAUUCAUUCUUACCAAAGAAAUGAGCAUAUGAAGCCUUUACCUUGAUGGUUCCCUAGACUGCAAUUAUUUGGACUUUGGGGGGGGGGGGGAAUCAAUUUUUAAACUUUAAAAAAUUUUUUUAAGCAAACUCCUUUUGUACCUUUCUUACUUAUAAUAUCCAUCCCUGGACUUUCUGUAUUCCAAAUGUUUGUGAUGCUGAGAAAAUGAAGUUCAUUUUAUGUGACCUUCAUGCAUUGUAAUCUACUUUUGGUAGAUAUUUAAGAAUAUUAAACCCUCAUUAAAUGUGACACAAGAUACAGCUUUAAACACAUAAAUAUAAAGCAGCUUCCAUCGGAAACACGGGGUCGGCAGGGGCUCCAUUUCACAGAAUUACUGAGCUUUCUCAGUUGUAAGCCAUGAUGUCAUCUGCACGCCUCCUGGAAUUCUCUAGUGGGAUUGCCAAAGAACAAAUGGAGAAAAAAGCUU